CGCGGCGGCUGUCCCGGGACGCGCGGGGCCGGGAGCUGCGACUCAGGACCGCCCCGGGUGGCCGCGAGAGGCUGGACGCGGCCGGGUUUGUCCGGAGCGCUCUCCAGGUAUGAAGCGGCCGCUGAGCCCACCCCCACCGGCUGAGAAGGAGCCCCCCGUAUCUGGAGCUGCUGAGUGCCCCCCUCGGCCCCCAGAACCACCUAAGCCCAAGCGAGAAAGAAAGCGGCCAUCGUACACACUCUGCGAUGUCUGCAACAUCCAGCUGAACUCGGCGGCCCAGGCCCAGGUGCACUGUGGGGGGCGGGCCCACCAGAGGCGGCUUCGGCAGCUCAGCUUGGGGAAGAGCCCCUCAGGGCCAGCAGGCCCGGCCUCCAGCGCCCCCAGCCCCCUGCUGGCCUCCCUGCCCCUGCCCACCCGGCCUCUGCAGCCCCCGCUGGACUUCAAGCACUUGCUCGCCUUCCACUUCAAUGGCGCUGCCCCGCUCAGUCUCUUCCCCAACUUCAGCACGAUGGACCCGGUCCAGAAAGCUGUCAUCAGCCACACGUUUGGGGUCCCCUCCCCUCUGAAGAAGAAGCUCUUCAUUUCCUGUAACAUCUGUCACCUAAGGUUCAACUCAGCGAACCAGGCCGAGGCACAUUAUAAAGGCCACAAACACGCCAGAAAACUCAAGGCUGUCGAGGCUGCCAAGAGCAAGCAGAGGCCACACACCCAGGCCCAGGAUGGGGCUGUAGUGUCCCCAGUCCCAGCGCUGGCCAGUGGAGCCCCUGGAGAGCAACAGAGUAAAGCAGUUCCUGCAGUCCCACCUCUUGGGUCUCCACUCCAGCCACCACCAACUCUGGACCCUACAUCCAGGGAGCCAGCCCACGCAGAGCUCUUGGAUGCUGCCUCCUCCUCGUCCUCUUCUUCCUCCUGCCCACCUUGCUCCCCAGAGCCUGGGAGAGAGGCACCAGGGCCUGAGCCGGCGGCAGCUGCUGUGGGAAGCUGCGUGAGUGGGGAAGGCAGGAGUGAGAAGGGGCACCUCUACUGCCCCACGUGUAAGGUGACAGUGAACUCGGCCUCCCAGCUUCAGGCUCACAACACAGGAGCCAAGCACCGGUGGAUGAUGGAAGGUCAGCGAGGGGCUCCCCGGAGGAGCCGGGGCCGCCCGGUGUCCAGGGGAGGCGCCGGACACAAGGCCAAGAGGGUGACAGGGGGCCGGGGUGGCCGGCAGGGGCCCAGCCCUGCUUUCCACUGUGCUCUCUGUCAGCUCCAGGUCAAUUCAGAGACCCAACUCAAGCAGCACAUGAGCAGCAGGAGGCACAAAGACCGCCUGGCCGGGAAGCCCCCCAAGCCCUCCAGCCAGCACAGCAAGCUGCAGAAGCACGCAGCGCUGGCUGUGAGUAUCCUCAAGUCUAAACUGGCCUUGCAGAAGCAACUCACCAAGACGCUGGCAGCCCGCUUCCUGCCCAGCCCGCUCCCCACCGCAGCCACUGCCAUCUGUGCCCUGCCAGGGCCCCUGGCCCUCCGCCCGGCCCCUACAGCAGCCACUACCCUCUUCCCAGCUCCGAUCCUGGGCCCAGCUCUGUUUCGCACCCCAGCAGGAGCUGUCCGCCCUGCCACAGGACCUAUCGUCCUUGCCCCUUAUUAGCCCUCACGGGGAGGCCAGAGCUGAUUUCCCAAUAGCCACUCCUUGUCUCCUACUGUCCUGAGACACCUUGGGUUCCUACAUGCCACAGAGACUGUGAAUAGCUUCAGGGGUCCUGCCCGAUCCAGAAAGAACUGGGCUAGUUUUUUUUUUUUUUUUUU